AUGGCGACUACACCAUCUUGGGAAGCGACAGUUCUUCAGAGACGUCGAUUUUCUGAUGAAACAUCCGGCCCAAAGGUACUCACGCAAGUUCCAGCGACUCAUAUGCAACUCGUUUUCACGUGCAAAGUUUGCAGCACGAGGAAUUCCAAAACCAUCUCUAAAGUUGCAUACACGAAAGGCGUUGUGAUUGUUAAGUGCGAAGGAUGCGCUAAUAAUCACUUAAUUGCGGACAAUCUCAACUGGUUUACGGACCUCAAUGGCAAAAGGAAUAUCGAGGAUAUUCUAAAAGAGAAAGGCGAGAGCGUCGUGAAAAUUGGUCCGGAGGAGUUUCUCAGCAAAAAUUCAUGA